CAGUCUUAUAAGCUGUGCGUCACCACAUUCUUGAAGUCUGUCAACACAGUUGCACCUUGAGAGGUGCUUUAUGAGCUGGUGGCACGAGAGGCAGGACCGAGCUCGUGCGCGGCCAAAGGCAUUUGGAAGCGGAAUGGCAGAUGACGACAUCCGCACCCCGUUGAAUGCACCUGACCCGGAAUGUGGAGGGGGCGUCUGAAGCAUGCCCCCGCUGGCAUCUCGCCGCCGCUUAGAUGCUGCACCAGCUGCGCCAGAAGCAGUCUCGCCAUCAGGCGAGGCUGCGGACAAGCGCUCGCUGGCGGCAUCUGUGGCAGCGUUGCUGCUGGCACUACCAGCUCUCGUGGGAAGCUGAUGUUGGCCUUUGCUCCUGGCCGGAUUUAUGGGUAUCACCGCAACGGCAGGAGCAAAGGCUUUCUCACACACAUUCUCACUGGCGCUCACGUUGGCUAUCCUCACCAACUUGGCCCAGUACACGGCAUGGAAGUCCACGUCCCGAAGCGGCUCCCACUGGCAGCGCUACGGCCCCGCCUGGCUCCUCGUCAUUGCCACUCCGUUGAUGUGCGCAGAUCUCGUACGGCACUGCCUGCAGGAUUCUGCCAUCUGGACGGGUCCCUCGAGCCGCAUGUAUCGGCCGCACUGCGGCCCUGUGAGCGGUUUUCACGGCUUCUGGUGUCUUUCGGUUACUGGUUGGCUCUUCUCCAUCAUCUUCACAUACAGCGGCUUCGUUCUCAUGGUGGCAGCGGUUCUUUGGAGCUCAAAUCUGAUCGGCAAGCUGCGGGUCGCCUGGACUGGUCUGCGGAGUUGAAAGCUGGGGCGAGUUAAGUCAGCGCGGUAGGGUCUUGCUGCUUCAACAGGAGGGAGAGGACGACAGCAUGCAUGGCACCGGCGAGGGAUGUCUGUGACUGUGCGACAAAAGAGAGCCGUCGCUGUUGUUGUUGUUGAUGUUGUUGUUCACCUGACCUACUGUUUGAGCGGCCGUCCUUCGUGUGCACGUCCGGGAGUUGCCUCCUCAAGGAACGUGGCGGAGCUCCCCCUGCGUUGGGAAUGGCGCCAGGGUUUCAUCCUGGGAGCCUGACCCUGGCCUGCUGAUGUGCAGCUUUCUUUCCUCCCCCUUUCCCCCACCCUCACCCCCAAACUUUACCCUUUACCUAUCUACCGCAACCUCUUUCUCGUUUUGUUCCGCAAAGUGACGCCAUCUCGCCAAUCCCACGAGUAGCAGUGCGCUCAGUCUUCUCCUUGCAAUCGACCCGACAUCCAUGAUGACAGCAGAGAGUGACACAGCUUGGGUACAGGUUGAAUAUCCGGGACGUGGUUAUUCUUAGCCUAGCAUGGCGCUGUACCCUGACUGUUUUGUCAUUGCUGACAUGGAUGGAUGUGGCGGUUGUAGUGGGUUGAGGAACGGGCGCAGUGUGUGGGCGCGAGGUAUGGCUGAUGGGGCUCUGUCCGCGCUGGAGGACGUUUCGCAGCGCGGCGGCUGCGGCAAAACAAGGAAGGUCGUGGUUGUGUGGUGGUUUGGGGUUGUUGGGUUGUGUGAGGUGGUUGAGGGGGGUUGUGUACAUUAUGAUCUCAGGGAUAAGAUGAGAUGAGAGGAAGGAUGUAGCAGGGUGGCAGAUAUGGGCUUAAGGUUUCCUGUAGAAACACCUGUAGAAAGUGUUGUCGAUCUGCUAAGUCAGUUGAGUUUUGUUACCCCUGCUGUCCCGAGGAUUGGGACUCGUGAACACCUAUUGGUGGAUGCCAUCAUAAAAGCCCACACAGGGUGCAAACAGGGCUCUUUUUUACGUGUCGUGUGUUUCGUACGUACAUAGUAGCUUUACGCCCUUGGAUAGAUGGAUAUGGAUAGGAUGCAUUUUUGUUGUUCACAUGACAAGGAUGGGUAUUUCUUUACCUAGAUAGGAAAAGCAAAUAUAUAAGCAAAUUCCUAUUGCCCUAAAGUUGCCAGGUUGCCUGCAGGAGUGCCAGUAUUGGCAGAUACAUGAUGGCAAACGGCGGUUUGCAUAAUGAUUCUGCCGUCUUCUGUCCGCUGGGGAGCCGUGGGCCCAACUUGUUAGCAGUGGGGCCCGGGU